AAAACGGAAGGAAGGCGGAGGAGGAGGAGGAGGAGGAGGCGCGGGGGAGGUGCGUAUGGCGGAGAUCCCCACGGGGGCGGAAGGGGUCGAAGAUGGGGGCUGGCGACUUAGUUCUGGCGCUUGCUACGAGCACCCUCUAACGGCGGCAACCUCCGCCAUGCUAAAUAUCUCCGGGGCCUCCGCUGACGACCCGCCGACCACCGGGUCCAUGCCCCUCAUCUAUGAAUACUCCUACCUCACAAAGCUAGCCCCAGACAAGGACAAACUCGGCGAUAUUUGGCCGGCCACAACAGUACCGGGAGGAACUCCGGGUUUGUUCACGUCCCAACUCAAGGGGACUAACGGUGUGAUAGGUGGCGGGAGCCUGGACGGCGCUCAGCUGACAGACUUCCCAGGCCUGUUCCUCCAGCACCACCCGGUGACGUCCAUCAAACGGGAGCCGGAAGACCUGAGCCACCGCAACAAGCAGGCCAAGGGCCGCAAAGUAGUACUGGUGACCACCUCCGGGCAGCCAGACCUAGUCGUAGAUGUAGCCAACAAUAGUAGUAAUAAUAGCAAUAACAACACGAAUAGCAAUAGUAGUAGCAAUAACAACAACACAACGGUCAAGGAGGAGUUCAUCUCGUCGCCGCAGCAUGGAAGCCGCUCCAUGAACGGGACCCCCAGUUCCACCUCCUCGCUCAUCGUGCCGGACAUCGGGCCGCCGUCCACCCUGGAGCUAAUCGCCACCCCCGACGGACUGAAGCCGGCCAACAUGGCCUACAGCACGCACAUCUUCACGCCGCAAUCUCACGCCGGGAGCGGGACCCCGUCGCCGGUCCCCUACUCGGAGCACAUCCAGUACACGGCCUCCGUCUCGCAGGGCGUCAGCGCCGGCUACAUCACCACCUCGACGACGGCGCCGCGCAACACGGCCUCCAGCUUCGGCGACCCCUACUAUAGGGACUACUUCGCCGAGCAGAGCCCGUACGCGACGCAGAUUCGGCAGCAGAUCCCGGCCUACGCGGACAGCCCGGAGAACGCCGGCGGGCUCUCCACGGCCACCACCUCUUUCGUCGAGCGCUACGUCCGCCAGAGCACCUACCACAACAGCAAGGGCGUCAUCGCCGCCGCCGGACUCACUGUUGAUCUCCCGUCGCCGGACAGCGGGAUCGGCGCCGAUGCCAUCACGCCCAGGGAUCAGGCAGCAAUCCACCAGUCUUUCGACUAUGCAGACAUGUGCCAACCGGGAGCAUUGAUGGACCCGGCGGGAUCGCGGCCUGCCACGGCACCAAAUCACCCGUCAGGGGGAAGAUCUCGACCUUGGCACGACUUCGGCAGACAGAACGAUGCCGACAAAAUACAAAUACCUAAAACAUAUUCACAAUAUGGAUUCAAAUAUCACCUAGAAACUCCGAUCUCGACGAAUCAACGAAGGGAAGAUGACAGAGUCACGUAUAUUAAUAAGGGUCAAUUUUAUGGAAUCACGAUGGAUUACAUACCUGACCCAGAUAAACCUAUAAAAUCGCAAACUGUUAAGAGUGUGGUUAUGUUAAUGUUCCGUGAAGAGAAGAGUCCAGAAGACGAGAUCAAAGCGUGGCAGUUCUGGCAUGGGAGGCAGCAUAGUGUCAAACAAAGGAUAUUAGAUGCAGAUACGAAGAAUAGUGUCGGACUGGUAGGAUGCAUCGAAGAAGUUGCUCACAAUGCAAUAGCAGUCUAUUGGAAUCCACUAGAAAGUUCCGCUAAAAUUAAUGUAGCUGUUCAAUGUUUGAGUACAGACUUCAGUAGCCAAAAAGGUGUAAAAGGUUUACCAUUACAUCUUCAAAUAGAUACUUAUGAGGAUCCUCGAGAUGGCCCAGUUUUCCAUAGAGGCUAUUGCCAGAUUAAAGUAUUUUGCGAUAAGGGUGCUGAAAGGAAAACGCGGGAUGAAGAGAGAAGAGCAGCAAAAAGGAAAAUGACUGCAACUGGAAGGAAAAAAAUAGACGAAUUGUAUCAUCCACCUGCUGAACGAUCAGAGUUUUAUACGAUGAGCGAUACCACCAAACCUCCUGUCCUAUUUACGCCAGCGGAAGACAUUGAUAAGCUCACCUCAAUGGAACUACAAGGCUUUUACGGACAUGAAACUGAUACAUCUAGUUUAUCAAAUGGCGAAUCAGGCCCUCUGAAACACUCUCCAUUUUUAGUCCAUGGUGCUGGGAAGAUCCAAGGCUCAACGCCCACUCAAACUCUUAAGUUCCACAAUCAUUUUCCUCCAGAUACGCACAGUUAUAAUUUCUCUCCUUGCAGCGAUAAGAAGGAUCUUGACAGCGGUCUGACGACGGACGGCAACGUCUUCACGAGUCCCCCGCACAAGCGACCGAAAAUCAUUCCUCCGAUAAACGAGAGAGUCAUGCUCUACGUCCGCCAAGAUGCAGACGAUGUCUACACACCUCUGCAUGUUGUCCCUCCGUCAGUGCAAGGUCUUCUCAACGCUAUUGAGAGUAAAUACAAAAUUUCUAGCUCCAGAAUUAGUAACUUGUUUCGAAAAAGCAAAAAAGGGAUUAUGGCCAAAAUUGAUGACGACAUGCUCAAGUUCUACUGCAACGAGGACUUAUUUUUACUGGAGGUGCAUCAGUCAGCUGACAAAGAAUCCCUGGAUAUUAUUCUAAUUGAACAUGAGGAGUACAGCUGAGCGAAGCUGAAGUACAAGAACUGAAAAAAAGAAUGGAUCCUCACACACGGAUGGCGUGACCAAUCGAAGCCUAUCGAUAGUAGCAUGCUACUCACAGGGCAGACCUCGCCGAGGAGAGGAGUUGAAGUGUCCUCUCUUCUUUUUGGUGCAAUCGCCCUUUCCAGCUAGCUGGAUUUGUUCAGGUUCUGAGGCUUGGCUGUGACUUCUAUGUGCAACAUGUAGCUCUCCCGGAGUGGAAAGACGUGAAGUUAUCGAGAUGAUAAUGACGAUGGUCAAAUCGUCCAUCACGCCACGUUUUGAUUUCCCUCUCGAGAUCGUUGCUUUGUUUAGCAGAUGUUGAUGUUUUGACCUUUGUAUUGUGCAAAAGAAAAAUAUGUAAAUGUAUAGAAGAGUUGUUUUAAAAGUUUAUAAAUAGCUAUUAUAAAAUUUGAUGAGCAGGUGUAUUGUAAAAAAUAAGGUACGACGUAAGUGCGUUUUUAAGGGUUGGCUCACUUUUACCGAACGCUCCUAAUGUUGAAUAAUAAUAGGCAUACGCAGGGUCGUAAUCGUGUGGAGAUGAUGUUCAUGAAAAUUUACUUUGAGAAUUUCUUGCCAAAUUCGACUGAUUUAUUCUUGCCAUUAUUUAAUAUAUACAGUGCCAUUUGUUUUCUUUUGCAAUAAUGAUUUGAUUGCACCUUGUCUCGACCUUUCGGCGAAUUGAUACUGGAUUUAACACCCAUUCCCGAGUCGGUAUCAUGCCUGCACGCUUAGUUUCAGACCACGCGAAGUAAACUCCAUGCUGGAUUGAUCGUAACCCUCUGAUAUGCUUAUUGUUGUUUAUUCAGCAUUGAAUCUUCACUUAUACAUAUGAUCUCAUAUUCUUCACCUUUGAAAUUGUUUGAUUUUCUAUUCGGUAUCAGCUUACCGACCUCCUGUGUACGUAUUUAAGGAAAAGUUUCGGUUUAGAUUCAUUGCAUUGUUUAAUUUAUGAGUGGAAAUAUAUUUUUCUUUCAAAGCUUAUAUUGCUAGCAGCAUCUGCUCCUGAAGACUCAGCGUAGAUUGAUCAAUGUGAGUUGAAUAUGAUAAAAGCGAUUGAGUGCAAUUUUACGUGGAUGUUUACAAAUCGAUGCUGUAGUUUAGUUUCCAUUAUGACAAGUACUUUUUUUAAGUUAUAUGUGAUUCAUUUGCAUGUCUUAACAAAUAACACUCGCAACUGCUGGAAAUGUCUAAAAAUGUCAAAACACCUCAAAUAAGGAAAAUCUAUCAGUCAAAUAGACGUUUGACCUCAUUUUAUGGGACCUCUUUCGAGCAAAAAGUGUUGCGUUCUGCACACACGGAACGUGGAAGGUUUUUAAUUUUGAUUUUAACUUAGUACACUCUCCUUUGUCGUGUUAUUUUCCCUCAACUCCGAGUUGUUCGGUUCAGUGAUUAAAAGUCAAAUAGUAAGCACUGAAAAGGUGCUACUGGUCUCAAAUUCCUCUGCGACUGAAAUAUGCUUACAAUCAGUAAGAUUUUCAGAAAUAUAGCCAUGACAUUCUUUUAUGACCCAAUGCUCAAUAUACUCAUACUUAUCUCUUUUUAAUUUAUUUAUUUUAUUACUCUUGUUAUAUUUGUUUAUUACUGAAUUAAUGAUAUGCAAGACAAAAUAUUUAUAGUUAUUCCUAGUGAUAGCGUGUACUGUUUUUGUUAUUUAAUUCAUUAUUGUUUUUUGUUGGUUUGUAAUUUCUAAGCAUGUUUUUAUUUAUAGCUACUCAAGUCAAGCAUAAAAGGAACAUAUACUUGUAGUAAUUUUAUUGUUUCUUUCUCUUUUAGUUCAUUGUUGAUUUGGUUCAAAUCUUGGUACCUUUUUAAUGUGUAGAUGGUUUUAUUUUCUCAUUGUCAUUGAGGUUAAAAAAUCACUUAAAUCAAAAUUAUGCUGACUGUAAUUAAGUACGCGCGUGAGAAAGACAGUAUGAUUGUAUUGUAAUUUUUUCUUAAGUGUCUCAUCAAAGACUUUUUCAUGCGCUGAAUUCUGCUCAAGACCAGACAGAUUUUACAUCAACUCCUACGUAGAACAUAGGUCAUCAACUUUCCUAUCACUUUGUUAGUGUGUGUAAGUAUUCCUCUCAUUGUGAAAAUCAGUCCUGUAGAGUUAAGAUCAAUUUUCUAUCAAAAUAUUCUGUGGCAAAACAAUCACUCAUUUUGAUGUAUUUUAGGCACCAAGAGCCUUUAUCAUCCCAAAUUUGGACAAGUCUCUAUAGAGAGCUACAUACCCACGUACCUUACUCUAAGAGAACUGUGUACUUUGAGCCGUAACGCGGGGUUUUAGUUAAUUCUAUCGUUCCCAGCAAACACAAACAAAAUUACCCUGUAAAACUUAGAAAGUUAAAAUGUUCUUCAUUUAAAAGAUUGGGUGCAAUAGUUUUUUUCUUUUGUUAUAAAAAGUAAUUGUACAUAAAAAAUAGAGAUGAUCUAUCCACCUCAAGAAAAAUGACACAGGUCGAAUCUGUAAAUUAAGAAUGUAACUAAAAUGUGAAGAUCUGUUCUGUUCGAGAGAAAAUCAUUUACUCUGAAAUCAACAAGGUACUUUUUUUUACUCGGAUUCCAUGACAUGUAAAUUUUCUCUUUUUUUUGCAAUGGAAUGAUAACUUUCUCGCAUACACUUAUGCCUUUGAAUGUGAAUGAUCUCAUGACGAUUGUCUUUUCUUUAGUCUGGUCUUUAUUGGAAAGAACUUUGAAUUUUAGCUAAUUUUCAGAUGUUAAAAAUAGCAUGGGCUGAGAAUCAACUCGUAGAACAUCACAAAUUGCAUCACAAAUUUUGAUCAAAAUAACAGUACUUAGGUAGAAAUUACUACUCUUGAAGCCUAAAGCUUCAAAACCAUUUUUGGAUUGGGAAUAAAUGUCAUAUUCCUCAAUCUUAAAAUUAACAAUUUUUUGAGAAAUUACGGACGAAGAAUAAGAUAAGAAGCCACAGAUAUAUCAUUAAAAUCAACGAAAAACGAUGGGGGAAAUCCAAAGGUAUCCUUACAAAAUGGUGAGGUGAUUACACAUCAUUGUAGCUUUUUAAGUUCAAAGUGAUAGAUAUAUUAUCGAAUGCUUCAGGUUAUAGGAGAUAGUUGUAGCUAUUUUGUGUUAAGUAAAUUUAUGUAAAAAAAAAGAAUGAAAGAAAAAUUGCUCAACAACAGUUACUGCUUUUUUUAA